AUGUCGCCCGAGAAAGAAACGAAAAAAAAAAACGAGGCGAGUCACACUUUAAAUAAUAGGCACGACGUACACUCUGAGGCUUUCACGAGCAGUCUCUUCUCGGUGCAGUCUUUUGCUGCCUUGCGAGUGUCCGACGAGGCCAAGGCGGAGUACAAGGCUUUGAAAGAGGACAAGAAGCACCGUUACAUCGUCUACCACUUAAAGGACCUACAAGUCAUUGAUGUGGAGGCUACGGGGGAACGCUCGGCCACCUAUGCGGACUUUCUGGAGAAGGUGCGACAGAGCUACGCGGACGAGUGCCGCUGGUUCGUAUUCGACUACGCCUACACAGCCGACAGCGGUAUCGCCAGGGAAGCUGCAGUCUUCAUUACCUGGUGUCCGAAGCAAGCCAACGUCAGGCAGAAGAUGGUGUACGGGAGCUCUCGUGACACUCUACGACAAAGCCUCGCUGGUAUCUCGAAUCAGCUCGAAGCGUCCACCGUCGAAGAUGUCAGUCAGGCUGCGAUAGACGCUCUCGUGCGCAAGUAGGGGACGUGUACGGCAUUUGUCAAAAGUAUACGGACUGCUUUGCCUGCAACCGCGAAGCUGAGUACGGGCUGUUUCGAGAAGUCCAUUUGUUCUGUCGUAAGUUCCAACGCCCUGAGGAAUGAAAUAAACUUUCGUAGUCGCUGA